CAACUUUCUUCACAUUUUCCCAAUUUUUAGUACGGUGGCGAGAAUCAGGCAAAGGCAAGGAACCUGGGUUUUUUUUAGGACUGUUGCGUCCCUUUGACCGACAAUGUCAGCCGUUGGGCAAGUUGUAACUUUCUUAUGAGAGAAGAACUUCCCGUCGUAACGUAAGACAGUGUGUUUAUUUUUCACUAUUUUUCAGUGAUCACAUUCCACCAAUUAUUUUUCUCAACAAGACCACUCAUAGAGUAAUACGAUAUUCAAGAAUGUGGAACCAACAGGCUGCGAAUCAGCCUGCAGAUCAACAGAAUCAGAAUUGGCAAUGGCAGCAGUAUUAUCAAACACAAGCUGCAGCCGGGCAGCCGUGGGGUGCACAGGGUGUUCAACAGCAGCAGCAGCAGCAGCAGCCGUAUAUGCAGUACAAUGCCGCCGCUAUGCAGCCCCAAUACGGCAUGAUGGCCGGAAGCCAACAGUGGCCUGCAGCAGCGACAAUGCAGCAGCAGCAAUGGCAGCAGCAGGUCGGGGCAGGAGUUGCAAUGCCACCAACUUCGGCCGCACCUCCACCAUUGCCAUCAGGGCCACCUCUCCCCACAGAACCAGCGCCGCCAUUACCUGAUGAUGAACCUCCACCACUGCCUGAGCCGCCGGCACCUCCAGGAGAUCAGCCGGAUGGUGCUGCCAAGGAGCCAGCUAGUACUGCCUCAGCUGCCGGAACAGCACCACCACCAUCCUCAUCUGUGUUAGGAACAUCCACUUCGACCAAUCAAGCACCAUUGCAGACCAGUACAUCAUCUGGGGAAACCGUGGCUGCUUCUACACAGCCCAGCGCUCCCCAGCAGCCAGCGCAGGUACCAUACGAACAACCUGUCCAGCCUCCUCAGCAGUUUCCUGGUGUAGUGCAACAACAACCGCAGCCAGUGCAGCCUUAUCUGCAACAGGCUCCUGCUCAGCAACAGGCUCCUGCUCAGCAGCAAUUUCCAUAUGGGAAUGUACAGGCACAGCAGCAGCAACCUCCAAUGCACACACAAGUCUGGCCACAGCAACCUCCACAGCAACCUCCACAGCAGCAGCAACCUUCACAGCAACAGCAAGCACACCAGUGGCCUCAGGAGCAGCAUCAGUGGCCUCAGCAGCAACAAGAGCAACAUCCUGCAGCUCAGCAUCACCCCGACCCGCAUCAGUCGUACCGCCAGCCUUUACAACCAGCGGCACAGGCACACUCUGGUUCUGGGCCUCCAGCCGCAGGUAAACCACAAGGCUUACUGACCGCUCCGCCAGUGAGGCCAAUGACGCAGGUCGGUCAGCCCAGGCUUGGUGGUCCACCACCGCAUCCCAGUGACCGCCAGCCACGUGCCUUGCUGCAAGAUCCAACUCAACAUGGUGAGCAAGACACUCCUCGCAACGCCAGUCCCAAGAAUCCGCUGUCAGAGCCGAGCUCUUCCAGCAACCGUCCACAUACUGCCAGCGAUGCAGAGCAUGGCAAGUACCGUUCACCACUGUCUCAGGCGCCAGGCUCUACAGUAGCUGAAGGUGAGCAGUUUGGAAAGAUUCCCCCCACUGUGGAUGGCAGCAAGGAACCAGCAGCUGGUGAAGAAAGUGAGCGGAGCUGGUCGCCAUCGCCUAUGGUGCCUGCAGUGGCAGCCAGGCCACCGGCAGCUAGUCGUUGGAAGAAAGUGCCCGAAUCUGGGACAGCUGAAGAACCGCCAUGGCCUACUGAUACCAAGUCCGCAGUGGACUGGAGACAGGUUGGUGGUGUGGAGCAGCCAAAGGCAGCCAGUGAGGAGCCCCCGUGGCCAAAGCGGGAUACCCCAGCCUGGAAGGAGACUGUACAAGGAGAUGCUCCUGGCCAUGUACCUGUUCAUACUGAAGGUAUGCCUGUACCUGUAACUGGUGAGCCGACAACACAGCCGCCGCAAUGGCAAGAGCAUGACGAGCACGCUUAUCGGUCAACUGCUCAUCAGAGUCAGCCUUCUUAUGAUGAACAUGGUGAUGGUACUGCCACUGGAGCCGCUGCGGCUAGUGGUGUGGUUAGUGGUGUAGCUAGUGGUGUAGCUAGUGGUGAUAGUGGCUGGAAUGGGGCUGGCAACGCAUACGAACACGAUCGCCAGUCGGCUUACCACUCAGCAGAGCAUAGUGACCGGUUUCGUACUGGAGAGGAUUACUUCAGAGAGCCUGCUCCUGAGCAACGGAGUGCUGGCGACGACUACAGACACCAUGCUCCUGAGCAGCGUAGAGCCGGCGGUGGUGGUGGUGGUAGUGCUGGCAGUGAGGAUUACAGAGCCACUGAACGUCAUCAUCACCAGCAUGAGCCACGGCAACAACAUGAGCAGCAUCACACUGAUGAUCCUUCGUACAGAGGUAGGGACUUUUCUCGAGACCAGCACUUGGAUGAUGAGUCUCGUGACCAGCGACGGCGGUAUAAUGACGGUGCUGAGCACCGGCACGAAUCACAUCCUCCUGCUGCGCAUGAUCACAGUCGCACUGGUGAUUACCGGAGCGAGGAGUACCGCGCACAUGGCCCGGAUCACAGGGGCGAGAGACGCACUGAACACCCAUCUGAUCGCUACCCAGGCGAUGGCCGCCACUAUGACCACCCUCCAGCCAGAAGAGCAGACGAUGGUGCACAGCCCAGGUCUGGCGGCAGUCCGUAUGAGUCAUCUUCUAAUUGGCAGCACAGCUGGCAUGGAGAAUCGCAUGAGCCACAUGCUUAUGGUCGGGAGCGUGAGCAUGUCAGAGCAUCAGAGAGCUGGCGUUCCGGCCAAGACCGACCAACACCCGUAGAAGCAGAGUAUGUCUCCAGUGAGGCAGCCAGGGCUGACUAUAGGGAGGAUAGUCGCACCGAUGCUGUGAAUCAAGAGCACUUCGACUACGCCCACCGGAAACAAGGGGAUGGAGGUGCCGAACACCAGCAGGCAGCUUGGCAAACGGACGCAUCACAGUACCAGCAGUAUGGGCAGGAGGGUGCGUGGAAGGGUAGUGCUGCUGAAGCUGCGUACCAUGCAUAUGGUGCACAUGAUCAGCAGCAAAACUCGUACGAGUCUUGGGCACAAUACAACCAUGCCGACCCUGCAGCUUACAACGCCUAUCCAGCUGGGCCAGCUGACCAGCCCUACGACCAUCAAGCUGGUGGAGCUGCGGGCUCUCUUGGUGCUCUGCCGCAAGAUAUUCUGAAGGCUGCUGGCCUUGGAGGACAAAGUGCUUCAAAGCCAAAGGGUGCACUGCCAUCUUGGUUACGUUCUUCACUGGAGCAAGUGUUGGCCAAGAAAAAAGAGUCGGCUGUGGACAAGGACGACGAUGAUGACGGUUCUGAUUCUGACAAUAGUGUUGAGGAAGCACCUGUGCUCAGGGGAGAAUCAUCGCCACCACCUGUCAAGGAGAUCAAGGCACCAGCCAAAUCAGCAUAUCCUUCUGAGCAACGUAUUCGAGAGCUGAACUCCAGAAAUGACGCUUCUGGCGCAGAGUCCCAUGCAGAGUCAAGUGACGUUGACGAUGGUCUGAGCGUACAAGAGAGGAUGCGCCGUAUGAUGACAGAAGUCCUGCUCGGUGCCACAGAUGAUGGCAUUCAAUUUGUUGCUAAGGAGGUUAUCAAUGAGGCCCUACUUCAUAGACAGAGAGUAAUGACGCAAGCUGCUCCAGAUGUUCUUGGGUUACUAGGCUACUCAUCCGACAGCGACUCUGAUGAUGGUGGCAGAUCAGCUGCACAUGCUGCUGCUGCUGCUAAAGGCCCUGCUGUUCUCAAGGACGGUUACGGUGUUCCGGUGCUUGGCAGCAGUCUUGAGCCACAACAUCCUGACAAUCAUGCGGCUACAUCCUCGUAUGAUCCUUCAGCAGCUGAGCACACUGCCAUUGGUGACCCAGACCUCGACGGAGCUGAAAUGGAUGAGCUCGACGGUGACCCGCUGGAUGAAGGCAACGAGUACCAUCACCACCAUCACCAGCGUCACGAUCAGCAUGUGGAACGCCCCGACAUGGCGAGCAGGUCCUACAGGGAAGGUAGUAGUAGUGCUGGUAAGGUGUCUGCUGGUACCGAUAUGUCCUCCUAUCACACCGUAGCUCCUCCUAGUGGCAUUGAUGGCAGCAGCAGCAUGUCCUAUCGGUCUGAGUACCGUGGCAUUGCUAAUGCCGAUGUUACUGCAGCUUCGACAGUUGUGAUGGAUGAUGACAGAUCACGAGAGAGUGACAAGCUCCACCACCAUCGCAGCAAGCACAGUCGCCGCGAUCGGGAUCGAGAGCGUGAUCGAGAGCGUGAUAGAGAUCGAGAGCGUGAUCGAGAGCGUGAUCGUGAUUACUCCCCAAGGCGGGAAUCUCGCCAUGGCGGCGACCGCUCACCCAAGCAUCACCGUAAGCACAGCCGUCGUAGUCCUUCACCGUCCUCGUCGUCGUCUCGCUCUAAGAAGCGGUACCAUGAACAUGAUGAGCGCAGCCACUCCCGCUCACCUUCUCACCGCCACAAGCACUCAUCCAAGCGCAGAUAGCAAUACAGCUUUCACUGCUAAUACGUGGAGCUCAUUGCGUUCUUCGGCUCGCGCUGUAGGAUAUUGUCUUUGCUAGCAGCACAGCGGCACUACAUUACUGGUAGUGCUGUGUUCAAUCAACGCUCGUAUCCCUCGCUUCUUGUUCCCUUAUUGUUAGUGUUCACAGCUUGCUUUCACUGCCCAGCUGCUGUGUUUCCUCCCCCCAGUUCUGCAGCACUUGAAAUGUCCUGCAUCUGCGUGACAGCUACUGCCAGUGCUGGCAGUCAUGAUAUUCAUCACUUAUUGUCUCGUAGUGACGGUGCUGCACACUCUGGUCUUGUCUGUGUUGCACGUGGGCAUGUUCUUCACUUAAGUCAAGAGCCAGGGCUAUGUCCUGUGUUCCGUGAGCCCACUGUAUACUUGCCAUGCACAUAUGCCUUUCCACUGCCGUUUGCCAUGCUUAAUUUUCAUACUUCGAGUAUGUACAUGAUUGUAUAAUACCUUCUAACACUGUCAUGCACUGUAAAAGUCUUGCCUUUUGCACCAUACAGUCACUGUACUGUGUGCCUCUGUCAUGAUGGGCUGCUGUGCAUCUGCUGAGUGACAGCAGUUUUUUGGUGUUUUUUUGCUUUUCUACAAGUGUUAGAAUACCUAUUAUUAUUUGUUAUUCCUGUGUAUUUACAGCA